CCUCUGGUCAGCAGUCCGCCCCAAGCAGCAUCGACGUUUGUGCGAGAUCGAUAGCAGACUCGCUUUUCCUACGAGGCGAGCGUCCUGCGAUGAUCAACUCGUUGGUGCGCGCACCAUGCGAUCUCAGCUUGCACUUGGUCAGCGAAGACAUCUUUAUCCACCCACCACCGCCUUCAGCAGGCGACAUACCGGGAGAUGACAAGACUCUGAAUGGCGUGGUGGAGCUCAGAUGCCCGUCGGAACGGACGAUCGACAAGCUCAAAGUGACGCUGCAAUCUCAGCAGACUUUGGCCAUUCCCGAAACCUUGACCACUUCUUUGGGUACUACGAUCAACACGACGAGGUACGAGGAGAAGACGUUGAUGGAAAAGGUUGUGGAGAUCACCUCGGAUGGCAGCGGUGGCUUGCAGCAUCACCACCAUCGAAAGAGAGCGCACAAGUUGAGCUUUGGUGCGGGUCAUGCCGCUGCCGCUGCCUCUGGAACGAGCUCGGGCGCUUCUAGUCCGAGCGUGGAACAUAGCGAGAGCGCCGCGAUGCAGUACCAGCAGGGUGGAGCAGCUGGGACUACAUCCACGGAGGCUGCCGCCGCAGAGGAUGGCAUACAUCUCGAUAAGGGAGUGCACGGUCUCCGAGAAUUGCUACCUGUGCCUGGCCCCAGCUUCGAGUUCUCCUUCAUCAUCCCUUCCACCUCUCCUCCUUUCGAGAGGCAUCGGAACGGCAGGGUGAGGUACAUGAUCACUGCGACCGCCUUUGGAGCAGGGCGUGGAAGGAGCGCAAUCAUCGCCUCUCGCGAAGUGUUUGUGAUGCUCCACGUCUCUACGGAUGGCGGACCCGCCGCGCUGGAUGUGCAGUACCAUGAUGUGCACGAAGCGCUGGGUGCCAUGAGCAUCUCGCUGACGUCUGCAAGUCUCACAGUCGGAGGCACCGCGAAUCUCAGCGUCUACCAUCCCGACCCUCCGCCGGGUCUCAACGUACACGUCAUUCGGGUCUUUUUGGAACAGAAUGUGGAGGUAUUUUCAGAGGUCAGAAAGGGAUGGGUCAAGAUACCUACGGAAAAGUUUAGAUUGUGGGAGCGCGGGUACAUGCCGUACAAGGCGAAACAGAUCGAUGCUUACGUCACGCCGGAAGAUGCAUUUUGGAUCUCGGACUCGGAAGGUGGGCCUGGGCAUAUUGGCAAAUCGGGGUCUCCAACCAUACCUGCCAACCAGGCAUCCUUCCUCCAGGAUCACGCAAGGAGCGGGUAUCGCGUCAAGUCGGUGAUUCGCCUCCCCGAUGACAACACGAUUCGCCCAUCCACUGUCAAGGGCUCGCGAGCCGAAGUUCGCGUGUCCCACGAUUUGGGUUGCGAAGUCUACUUCUCGCGGCUCAGCGUCAUCGACGAUCGCGAAAAUAGCGAAUCUUUGGGCAAACCCAAAGUGCAGGUGUUUAGCAUGCGAAGAGCGACCAUCGUGCCCAGCUGUUGCUGCACUUUCGACACGAUCCACUUGCCGCCUUACUCGCUAGAGAGCCCAGUCGGGAGCAGACCUGUCAGCCCCACGCUGGGUUUUGCUGCUGGGUCACCGGUCAACGGACACUUGCCUCCUCCGCGGGCCAGUGCAAACUCCAACUCGGCAGCCGCAUCGCAGCAUGGAGAACAUCAUACAGACCACGAACAUCGAAGACUUGCUCAGACUCUCCGAGCAGCUCUGCCAAACGCCAUGGGCCCUCAUCACGGCUCAUCUUUGGGCUCGUACCGCUCAGCGCCCUCUUCGAGACCCUCAUCGCGGGACGUAUCACCCACGCGUCCGGUCUAUUCGCGGCAAAGCAGCUUCAGCAACUUCUUGCACGGUCAUGGACGCAGGUCGCGCAACAGCAGUCCUGAGAGACGGUCUUCGGGCGAUGUGAAUGCCAGUGGCUUGAACUCUCCGCAGAACACCGCUCAGGCCAAUCACGACCAUGGCGCGCACAGAUCUCGUGGCAGAGCGGGAUUGUUGCAAGGUUUCACACCCGCUCAUCAAGCAGCGCCAUCCCAGAAUUACCCAGCAGCUUCUUCUGGACAGUCUCAGCACAACGUCCAUGCCAAUGCGCACCCUACGUACGCUUCCACCUCCACUGCGCCUUCGUCGGGUACCAGCACUCCCAGAUCCUUGCCCGCCUCCUAUCCCUGGGCUUCUUCCGGUCUACCGCCCCGCACUUCGUCCAGCCACAACACUUGCAAUUGCGGCAGGACGACGGCAGAAUUGGCAGAGGCGGAAGCUAGACUUUUGGAAGGUGUUCCCACUGCUCCUGGAUUGCCCUCUGAUCCCGAAGAAGGUGCGGUCCCGCCACCUUGGACACCUCCUUCUAGACCUGCUAGUCCGGCGGACAACUUUCACAGAGCUCCGUUCGUCAUGCCAGGCAAUAGUCUGAAUCCCUCGCCUUUGGCCAGCCCACCCAACGGCUUCACCCCACCCGGCACUACACCCUCGACGGAGAAUAGACCUUCAAAGUUGGCUGCGGAACUCGCCGCGUCUUGAAUUUGAAGACUGGUCGUAAAUAGAACUCUUCAGCACACAACACCACUUUUACAGAACAGACCAUGACCAUGUAGCGUCGCGCCCCCCGCCGCAUCAA